UCGCUGAUCCAAAAUAUCACCCAAAUUUCCACACAGAGAAUCCUCGGCAUGGCAGCGGCCAGCAUGUACACUUGCUGUCUGUCUGCAACUUGUGAAUUGGAGAUAACAAGUUCAACAUAUUUUAAAUUUAAAUGGUAGAAUUAUCGACGAAGGCAAGAUGAAAUACGAAGUUCUUCGUGAUAAUAGUGAGAAUCGUUUAGAUAAAGAAGGGAAUGCAGCUCCAAUCAAAACACUCCAGGAUAAAUGGAAGCUGGUCGAAACAUUUCUUCAGUGCAAAGGCUUGGUAAAGCAGCAUAUUGAUUCAUAUAAUCACUUUAUAAAUACUGAGAUCAAGAAAAUAGUAGAAGCAAAUGCCAAAGUUGUAUCAGAUGCUGAUCAAGUAUGGUACUUGAGGUACCUUGAUGUACGAGUUGGGAUGCCCAAUGUUGAAGAGUCGUUCAGUAUUGCAAAACCUGUCAGUCCCCAUGAGUGUCGACUACGGGAUAUUACUUAUUCAGCUCCAGUUACUGUGGAUAUUGAGUACACUAGGGGAAAUCAGAGGGUUGUAAGAAAUAAUCUUCCUAUUGGCAGGAUGCCUAUUAUGUUGAGGAGCUCAAACUGCAUACUGACUGGAAAAAGUCCACAUGAGCUUUCUAAGUUAAACGAAUGCCCUCUUGAUCCAGGUGGAUAUUUUGUUAUUGGAGGAACAGAAAAAGUUAUUUUAAUUCAGGAACAGUUGUCGAAGAACAGAAUGAUAUUGGAGCUUGACAAACAUGGAAACGUUGGCUGUCAAGUGACAAGUUCAACCCACGAAAGAAAAAGUAGAACCAACGUUGUUGUGAAGGACGGACGGUUUUAUCUCAACCAUAAUUCACUGUCGGAGGAUGCACCCGUUGUUGUGAUCUUUAAAGCCAUGGGAAUUGCCACUGACCAAGAGAUUAUGCAGAUGAUUGGAAGCGAAGAGAACGUGACAUCUGCUUUUAUGGCGUCAUUUGAAGAAGCUCAGAGAUUAAAUAUUUUCACACAACUGCAAGCGUUGACGUACGUAAGUGGCAAAAUCAGACAACGUCUCUUAUGGGGAAAAGUUCGAUCCAAAUUUGAAGAAGCAAAAGAGCUUCUAGCUCACACUAUUCUGGCCCACGUCCCAGUUGUCGAAUUCAACUUCAGAUCAAAAAGUGCAUAUUUAGCAGUCAUGAUACGUCGUGUGAUUCUUGCAAUGAGCAAAAAGGUUAAAGUAGAUGAUCGUGAUUACUAUGGGAACAAAAGAUUAGAACUAGCUGGACAGCUUGUUUCCUUACUUUUUGAAGAUUUAUUUAAAAGAUUUAACAACGAGCUUAAAAUGAUUGCUGACAAAACGAUACCGAAGCCUAGAGCUGCUCAGUUUGAUAUAGUAAAACAUAUGCGACAAGACGUCAUUACCAAAGGACUUGUUUACGCCAUAUCGACGGGUAACUGGACUAUUCGUCGAUUUAACAUGAACAGAGUUGGUGUAACACAGGUGUUAAGUCGUCUUUCCUUUAUAUCAGCGUUAGGAAUGAUGACACGAGUCAACAGUCAGUUUGAGAAAACUCGUAAAGUUAGCGGUCCCAGGUCACUUCAUCCUUCACAAUGGGGCAUAAUGUGCCCAUCUGAUACUCCUGAAGGCGAGUCUUGUGGCCUUGUGAAAAACCUCGCUUUGAUGACCCACGUUACUACUGACCAAGAGGAACAACCUCUCAUUAGGCUUGCCUACAAUUUGGGUGUCGAAGAAUUAAAUUUGUUGUGUGGUGAAGAAUUAACAUAUCCUACUGUUUAUACUGUUUUCCUCAAUGGCAAUCUUCUUGGUGUGAUUCAAAAUCAUGUAAAGCUUGUGAGAACUUUUAGAAUACUCAGACGUGCUGGUCGUGUUAAUGUGUUUGAUUCUAUUUACGUGGACGAGACGAACAGAUCCAUUCAUAUGUCUUCUGACGGUGGAAGAGUUUGCAGGCCGUACAUAAUCGUCGAAAAAGGUCGUCCAAAAGUUACCCAGAGACAUAUUCAGCUUCUAGAUGAAGGAUUAAGAUCUUUUCAAGAUUUUCUUCAUGAUGGUUUAAUAGAAUAUUUGGAUGUCAACGAAGAAAAUGAUAGUUUAAUUGCCGUUUACGAAAAACACAUCACCAAAGAGACAACUCAUUUAGAAAUCGAACCGUUCACAAUCCUCGGUGUUUGUGCUGGUCUCAUACCUUAUCCCCAUCACAACCAAUCUCCUAGAAACACAUAUCAAUGUGCGAUGGGAAAGCAAGCAAUGGGUUCUAUUGGUUAUAACCAACGAAACAGAAUCGACUCGUUAUUGUAUAACUUGGUUUAUCCUCAAGCUCCCAUGGUAAAGACUAAGACCAUUGACUUGAUCCACUUUGACGAGCUGCCAGCUGGUCAAAAUGCAACAGUUGCCGUAAUGAGUUACAGCGGUUAUGACAUUGAGGAUGCUCUGGUAUUAAACAAGGCGUCACUAGAUCGAGGUUUUGGAAGAUGCUUAGUGUAUCGUAAACAGAAUUGUGUGUUAAGGAGAUAUGCCAAUCAGACGUUUGAUCGCGUAAUGGGCCCCAGUCGCGAUGCGCUGACCAAGGAAGUAAUAUGGAAGCACAAGGCACUCGGUGAAGAUGGAAUCGUUGCUCCUGGCGAAAAACUGGAAAAUGGCCAACUUCUUGUGAACAAAUCCAUGCCGAUUGCAUCGAGUAGACAAGCAGGUCAAGGAAUGGCUGCAAGUGCCGAAUACCAAGAUGUCCCUGUGAGCUACAAAGGUCCAGUUGGUUGUUUUGCCGAAAGGGUAUUAGUAUCAGCUAACGAAGAUGGGGAUCCUUUGAUCAAAAUACUAUUACGUCAAACGCGUCGACCUGAGAUAGGCGAUAAGUUCAGCAGUAGACACGGUCAGAAAGGUGUCGUUGGUUUAAUUGUAAACCAGGAAGACAUGCCUUUCAACGAACUAGGUAUUUGUCCUGAUGUGAUUAUGAACCCUCAUGGAUUUCCAUCUCGUAUGACAGUGGGUAAACUUAUUGAACUGCUCGCUGGAAAGGCAGGACUUAUGGACGGUCGACGUCGAUAUGGGACUGCUUUUGCUGGUGAUAAAGUACAAGAUGUCGGUCAGGUUCUCGUUGAUAACGGGUUUAAUUACGACGGUAAAGAUUAUUUUACCUCCGGAAUAACUGGCGAACCUUUGGAGGCUUAUAUAUACUCGGGUCCAGUGUAUUAUCAGAAAUUGAAACAUAUGGUCAUGGAUAAAAUGCACGCUAGAGCGAAGGGUCCACGAGCAGUUCUUACGCGUCAACCAACCGAGGGUCGUUCAAGAGAAGGAGGGUUGCGUCUUGGUGAGAUGGAAAGAGACUGUCUGAUUGGUUAUGGAACAAGUAUGUUGCUGGUCGAACGUCUCAUGAUUUCCAGCGAUCAAUUUGAGGUCGAUGUUUGUGCAAAGUGUGGAUUAAUUGGUUAUUCAAGUUGGUGUCACUACUGUCAAUCUUCUCACAAUAUUUCUUCCAUAAAAAUACCUUACGCUACAAAACUUCUUUUCCAAGAACUCAUUGGAAUGAACAUUAUUCCUAGGCUAACCUUAAAACCGAGUGUAGAGUAAAUUGUGUGUGUUUGAAAAA